CAAAAAUUACCUAAUUCAUAAAUCAACUAUCGAGUAUCGGAUCACUUUCAAAGUAAUUUUCAAAUUUUUAAAGCAAUACUUCGAUCCAUACAAACCAAAACCUGACUCAAUUCUGCAAUUUUAAUUAUCACCAACGAUGAAGGGAAUCUUUGAAGUCGAAAUUAGGUAACAUUUACACCGUAAUUAUCAGUACAUGGCAAAAAACUAAUCACAUAUAACGGUUAUCUCACGCGAAUGAUGAAAGCAGCAUCAGUCAUUUCAACGAUCGAUGACUCGCCAACCCUUUUAUGUCAACAAAUACACCUCAAAUGCCGUUAAAACCCACCCCUUAUGGCUCAAAAUACUCGUGCAGAUCCGGUCAAACUCCGUAUCCGGCUCAUUUUCGCGAUCUGUUCACUUAUCCUGUUUGUUUCAUCGGUCUCAAUCGAUGAACAAUGGAAACCAUUCGAGUUGGAUACGUCAAUCAGCUACAGGAAAGAACCAUUAAACAGAUCCGAUCCAAUCGCCAGAAAUGCGAGCAGUUUCGUUGAACUGGUAGAAAACAGCGAUGUAUUCGUAGACAAGAGUUUACUCUUGAAGACCAUCUUCGAAUGCUCACACGCCGCCAUCUUGGUGACAGCGCCAAAAGGCUGGGGUAAGAGUACGAAUCUGGAUAUGAUCAAAACCUUCGUACAACUGCCUUAUGACCACGAAGGUAACGAACUGCAUCCGGUAGGAGCCUCCAAUAGCUUUAAAUUCUUCAGCGAAGGUGAAAUGAUGUGGCACGCUGACAAAUAUGGCAAAUUACAAAACCCUUUGCUGGUCUCAGCUUAUGACGAAUUCAUCUGCGAUCAUUUAGGCAAAUACCCGGUCGUCAAGGUCGAAAUGAAAAGGAUGGCUUUCGGUAGCACGUAUCAAGAAGUCCUCGACAACGUUAAAGUCUAUCUCAAAGAGCUAUUUGACCAAUUCAGGUUCGUCGUGAAACCUUUAUUUACCGUUAUGCAAGACGAACAAGCUUCACGGGCGGCUCGUCGCAGAUCCUAUCAUAUGCUUUGUAAAUACGCCACCUUCGUCAACAUGAACCAGGAAAACGUGACCAAUUUGCAACACAGUCUGAAAUUCCUUUGCGGAUUGUUGUUCAAUCAUUUCCGCAGACGGAUCGUCAUCUUGGUCGAUGAUUACGAGCAUCAUUUCAAUAUCCUAAUCAACAACACCCAUCCUCCGGACAAACAAGACGAAACCGAUAUUUCAUAUUUUUUCAAAAGCCUGAUGAGAUUCGCCUUCAAAGACAAUACGUAUUUAGAAAAAGGAGUUCUAACCGGAGCUUUUCAAUUCGGAACCGGAGCUCAUCACACACCGAACACGAUAGGGGAAUUCAACUACGUUUACGAGAACCCCCUUCUGAAAUUCUACGGUUUCACUCAAUCUGAAAUGGAGGCUUUGUUCGACUAUUUAAAAAUCUCUUAUCAAUUUCCCGAGGUCGAACGAUGGUACAGCGGAUACCACGCCAGUUACGAAAACCACAGCUGUCUAGUUUACUCACCUCCUUCCAUCGUGGAAUACCUGGCGACCAGAAAAUUCGCCAAUACUUUGCAUACUCGAGGAGAAAACGAGAUAAUCAACAUGAUCAUGAGUUUACCUAAAAUGAGAGGCAGUUUCGAGCUUCUAAUCAACAAUCAGAGCAUCACGAUCAACGCUAAAAGCUUAUAUUUCACUAAACUGGACAUAGUAGGAUUACAAUUGCUAGUCCAGCAGUCAUCAUUGAUCGAUUUGGAACAAAGACGUACAGCAGUCGAAGUAGGUCUAGCUUACUUAGCCUCAGCAGGCUACCUGAGCUUGGGAGCUAUUAAACGACAAAUUCUGCGGUAUCGUAGAAUGGUAUCGAUUCAGAUACCAAAUAAUCAAAUGCUGGAUGAGUUCAGCAAACACCUAAUGCUGCAGUAUAAACAAGAGUACGGUAUUUCGGACGAAACUAUCGAAUUGGUGACUGAGAAAUUCCACAAAUGUAUCCAAGGUGAUCGGCCGGAAUUCUUUAGGGAUAGUUUGCAAAGUUUAUACGAUCAAGUUACGUUGUUCCAUUACGAAGGCAAGGCCAAUUUGACCUUUGUCAAUAGGAGCGUACAGUAUUCGAUGCUGAAUUUGAUCUCGAUCAAUAUGAGAUAUAGAUACCAGUAUAAAACUGUCGUCAGCGAGGAAUACUUUAGGCCCAAUGUUAUAUUAUACGGAGAUAGACAUACUGUUAUUGUGCAUACUAGAACUGAACACGUUUUAGGACGCAAUAGAAACGCUGUUUUGGCCAGAAAAUUCAGGCAUUUGAUUAGCACCGCCGAUAUUUCCAAGAUUACUUAUAUGGUAUGGGAUUACCACUUGGAUAAGAGAAUACAUGUUGAGGUGUCUAAGGAAAUAUUGAGUAGAGCGGGACAGAGAACGGAGGUACCAAGAUAUUAAAUUUACAUCGGCAUUAGCACUUUAGCACUUCGCAAGAGGCAGAUACGAAUUAGAAUUCUGGAUUUCUGGACAGCAAAGAAUAUCGAUCCAGAUGAAAAUCUUCCUGAAAUCUACGAGCAGGAAUCUCAAUGAAGAUCAGGCAAGAAAGAUGAAACGAAUCAGAAAAUGUUAUAUUGCCAGCAGAAGUCAAUUUGAGAGCAAAUUAGAGAUACAAGAAGAGAGAUAGAAAGGAGAGAUCAAAUGAAAAUAGAGCAAAUCGAAAUACAUAGGUACUUAGGUAAUUUGAAAUAUGCCCUUUUUCUGGUCAUUGAAAAUCCUGACAAUAAAUAUGGAAAGCUACUCAACAAAAGCUGAAGCAAAUGGUAACCAUCGAGAUGCACAUUUUUUUCCCCUUCAAAUUUAAAUGCCUAGCUACCUGAUUCUCAAGUUUAAUAA